CUUCUCUUCUCCCUCUUCCCCUUCCUUCCCUUCCUCCCUCUCCUCUACCUCUCCUUGUUCUUUCAACCCGUGUGUGCCCGUCUCGUGUCAUUUCUCCCUCUAUGUGGCACACACACGAUGGCCCUCCCCGAACCUGGCCUUCCCACCCCCAAACUCCUCCGUGAAUCCACCGACCUCACCUUUUCCUCCACCUUCACCAGCUCCAGCACCCGCUCGUUCUCCUACACUCCCAACACCGUGACCUUCACCCGUACCCGCACUCGCCUGCCUGCCAACAAACCCAAAUACCGCAUCCUGCACCAACCUCUGUUCCGCAAUUCCCUCCUCGCCGGCGUCGGAUACCUAGAACUAGCCAAUGCGGCCGACUUUGCUGCCAAUGUCUGGAACGGGAUCCCGGUACCCCUGCACGCCAAGAUCUUGAUGGCGAUUGGCGGGCCUUGCGCGCUGUGCAUGACUCUGGUCGCUGCCCGAGACAUGUACCUCAGCGCCGCCAACGUGCGGUUGCUGCGUCAAGAGAGAACUUUUCUCGCUGACAGCACCUCCACCGGUGCAUCAUCAGCCGACCACACCAGUGACGGCUCCCACAAACCGACCCCACCAUCCAGCGAGAGAUCCACCAUCGACAAGCUCAACGAAUACAAGCACGGCGUCAAUACCCGCGAGGUGCUCACCGAAGUCAUCGAUCGCAUCCUCAUGGACCUGCUCAUGGGGGUUGGAGCCCUUCUCGUGGGCAUCGGCACACUGCUCGCGAUCUGGGGCGCUGAUCGGACCAUCUACCGGGCCAGUAAUCUGCUGUCCGGGUACGUGGGCAAUGGACUGGCGGCGGGCUUCGGCCUCGUCAAUGCGAUCUGGUCCGCAUAUCUGGUGUGGCGGUUCCAGCGGUGCUGGAAGGCGUGCGCGGCGGCGGCGGCGGCGGCGGCGGCGGAGGAGGAGGCGGAGGAGAAAAUUUCCCGUGACAAAAAACACGAGCUCCCGGCCUCGCUGAAGACCAAACUCCGGGCGCGCAUGCGGGCCCUGCAGUUACAUGCCGUCGUCAACGGCGUCAACGGCGUGGUGGCCGGGGCCGCGAGCAUGGUCACGGCGACCAUGUGGUACGGGUACGUGGUCCUGGUGCCGUGCAUCGUGAGUCUGAUCCUCCUGAACGUGUUCUGGCGCGCGAGACUGGGCUACGACCGAUCGUUGGGGACAUUCUCCUCCACCGGAUUUGACGCGGAGUUGUGCACCACUGCCACGGCCACGGCUGCUGAAAAUCCCGUCCGCACCACCAUCACAGAAGACGACCCUGCCACAGAUCACCCGGAGGGAGCACAAUCCACUCCCGAUGCCCUCCUCGCCCACCACAAGGAAGACAUCGACCGGGACAGCCCCAACGAAGACGCCCUCUCCAUCCUCCUCACCGAGCUCGCCUACGUCAGCGAAAUGCACCGUGCACUUCUACACACCACCACCGACCUUCAACACAAUGACGACAGCAGCCACCAAGAAACCGAAACCGAAACCCGGAUCCUCCGAACCCUCCAGCUACUCCCCAUCACCACCCUGACCCCAACCACCCUCCUCGCCUUCAUCACGCACCACAACCUCUGGGAGAGUUUCUGCGUCUGGCUCAUCGAAAGCCAAAGCGGCCCGUCCCUGCUCAAAAGGGUGUGGAAUAUCCUCCGUCUCCGCAGACGUCAAUCAACCACCACCAGGACUACAGCGGAAGAACUAGACGCCAUCCUGGGCUUGGGGAUAGACACGAACCCCAAUGCUGUCUCCCCUCUACCCACCUCUGCAGCCUCUCAAGGAGGAGAGGAGCUAGCGGCUCCAGCAGCAGCAGCAGCAGCAGAGGUAACGCUCCUCCACCCGGAGGACCUGCUCACGCGCUGCAAGGACCCGACCCUCCUCGUCCGCAAGAUGAAGGCGUUUCUCGUCGGGAACGUGACCCGGUGCUUCGCCUACCGCGAGCGGUAUCUGCUGGAGAUGGUGGGGUAUGCCAUCUGGAAGGAGUCUCUCGCCAAUCCGGGAGAUUGUGAUUAA